GUGACUGUGUGAUCACGUUGCUGAUAGCCCAAGCACCAACUCAUCUGUCUGCCUCUCUGUCUCUCCUGUUUUUCUUCUAUUCUUUUAUUCUUUGAGCACCCUGUACUCUCCCCCUCCCUCCUCCCCUUAUAUUUCCCUCCCUCUCUUCUCCUCCCUUCCAGAAAACCCUUCCUGACGUGCCCAUUUUUCUCUCCCCGUAAGCACUAGAACACCCAUUUCUUCGUGAUAAAUAAAUAUAAGGUUUAGUUGAAUCGAGUUGGGUUGGAUUAUUGUGCGUCAAAUUUAAAUUUUUGCGCAGGGAUUUACUGAAAAAGAAUGACAAUGAGCAACAAUAUUGCUGGGCAGUUUGGUGAUACCACACUGACCAAGGUGUUUGUUGGGGGAUUAGCAUGGGAAACACCAAAAGAUGCCAUGAGAGAACAUUUUGAAAAGUAUGGUGAGAUUUUGGAGGCUGUGAUUAUUUCUGAUAAAAUCACUGGUAGAUCCAAGGGCUAUGGAUUUGUUACGUUUAAGGAGGCUGAAUCGGCAAAGAAAGCUUGUGAGGAUGCUUCACCCAUCAUCAAUGGCCGCCGUGCCAACUGCAAUCUGGCUUCCCUUGGUGCACGCCGCCCUAGGUCUGCAACGCCGGCCCCUCCUCAACAAGGACCUAACAUUAACGCUGGACCGAGGUCCACGCCAGCAGCGCCGGAAAAUCAUGUCCAGUGGUAUUAUCCGGCAGGGUCAGCUGCAGCAGCAUCGCCGUUUCAUCAUCAGCACCACCAAGCCGUUCCCUUUUACGGGUAUUCUCCAGCUUACAUUGCCACCGAUAUCAGCGGCAAUCAUAAGCUAAACUACACAGGCGGGUCCUACAUGAAUGGGCAUUUCUCUCAGGUGUAUCCAGGGCAAGCUAUGGUGGGUGCCAAUACAUUGAUGCCAAUGUACCCUUUUUAUCACUUCCAUCAAUCACAAGCUAUGGGCCUUCCUGCUGCCCACAUCUUUCCACCAACAACAGCGGGUCCCAUGACAACCGUCCCCACUAUCAUGUCCAAACCACCGUCAAUUGCUCCUCCUAGUGCAGUUUGCCUGGCUGUGGAAUAGGUACAGGCGGCGCAAGUGAAAGCUUUAAAAGGGAUGGAUAAGAGAGGGGGCACUGAUCAGUUGGCAAUAACAAAAGGAGAGGGGAGUAGCUGCUGCAGAACAACAUUAUUAUCAGAUCUGCUAUGGCUCUUCUUUCCACUGUUAUUUCUCAAGGAAAAAAGUAUUUAUGAUUCUUAGGUGUUUGAUAAGAUUCUUUCAUUCACUUUCUCUAUCUAACAUCUCAGCUUGAGCUGUGUGAACUAUUAGAACCAAAAAAAAAAAUUGUAAUUGAAUUACGUCAUGUAUGUUUGCCCAUAUCUUAUGGUUUACUUUUGAUGGAUUUCAAUUAACUUUUCUGCUUAAAAAGCCUGCAUCUUCUAAUAA